UGAACAUGUAUAGCAUUUAUUACAACUCAAUUUCGAUGCUUUCACCUCCAAUGCAGCAGGAGGCAGCAAAGCCACCAAUCACCAUGAAUAGUAGAAGAACGCGAGGAAGCUGUGUGUGUUUUUCCAAUGGCUAGCUAGCGUUUGCUAGCAUCAACAAACAUUCAAAAUAGAAGGAUAACAUUGCUGUUUAUGCACUAAGUACAAGCAGAGUCUAUCCGGCACAUUAAGCGGUGCUUUUAUGGCGUUUCCUCAUUGCGGUCACUGAUGACGAUCAGUUGUCAGGAGGCUAACCACCGAACCUUUCGUCAUUGUCUCAUCGCCAAACGCGACUCGACCGAAAUUGACUUGAGCAGCAAUGCCGCUGGGUUUGAAACCAUGCUGUUCUGUUUGCAAGACCAACUCCUCGUCCAUGUGGAAGAAAGGAAGCCAAGGAGAGAUCAUGUGCAACAACUGCUCGGUGAAGAACAGCGGUGGAAGUGGAGGUGGAGGUGGACCUUCGGGACCUUCAGGACCCUCCACGUCCACCAACACUCAGCCCAGCAAUGGUGGAGGCAAGCAGUCCAAACAGGAGAUCCACAGGAGGUCUGCCCGGCUGAGAAGCACCAAGUACAAAGCCCCCACCUCUGAGAAGAAGGUGUCCACCAAAGGCAAGGGGAGAAGACACAUUUUUAAACUUAAGAAUCCGAUCAAAGCUCCAGAAUCAGUAGCAACCAUCAUCACCGCUGAGUCUGUCUUUUAUAAGGGUGUCUUCUACCAGAUCGGGGACGUGAUCAAGGUGAUAGACGAGGAGGACGGGAAGCCGUACUACGCUCAGAUACGAGGUUUUGUCCAGGACCAGUACUGCCAAAAGAGUGCAGCGCUCACGUGGCUCAUUCCCACCCAGGCCAGCCCCAAAGACCGCUUUGAUCCCGGCACGUACAUCAUUGGUCCCGAGGAAGACCUCCCGAGGAAGAUGGAGUACCUGGAGUUUGUGUGCCACGCCCCCUCUGAAUAUUUCAAGUCGCGGAGCGCCCCGUUCCCCACCAUUCCCAUCCGACCGGAGAAGGGCUACAUCUGGACCCACAUCGGCCCCACACCCGCCCUCACCGUCAAAGAGUCGGUGGGCGGGGCUAGUUAGCAGCGUCACUAGCUAACAUGGACUCUUUUUUUUAUUUUUUUGUACAUUUAUGUAUUAAUAAUGUUUAAAAAAAAACAUUGGGACCAUCAAUCAUUUCAGAUGGACAAAAAGAAAUCAUCUAACAUCCCAUGUUGCUAUUUACUAAUAAACCAAAC